GUUCGGAGCAGUCAUCCUUUUUAGGAAAAAGAGGGGAAAAAUAAAGCCCUCCCCCGCCCGCGCUGCUCCGCCACACACGGCGCGGGCUGCUCGCGCUCGGCCCGCGGGUGCCGGGCGCGUCCUGCCUCGCUCGCGCUUCCCCGUCCGCCGGCGCCGUUCCUCCUCCUCCUCCUCCUCCCUCUCCUCCUCCUCCUCGUCCUCCUCCUCCUCCCUCUCCUCCUCCUCCCUCUCCUUCUCCUCCCUCUCCUCCUCCUCCUCCUGCUUCUUUCGGAAAAAGGCGGCUCUGCCCGCCGGGCGGAGUUGGGAUCCGGAGAGGACUCGCGCCCCGGUGCCCGGCCGCCCGCCGGCCCGGCGUCCCCGCGCGGCUCCCGGGUGCGGAGCCUCAUGCCCGUGCCCGCGCGCGCGUGUGUGCGCGUGGAAACCGCCGAGGGGGCGCGCGGAGCCCAGGACUUCGGCCAAGCCCGGACUGCACGUUGCGAUUCAUCUGCCGCCGCCGCCGCCGCUGCUGCCUUGGGCUUCUUCCCUUUUUCCCUUUCGCUCGUGCUCCCCGGAGCUCCGCUCGGGAUUCCUGCGGAUUGACAUCUCAGCGAAGGCGACUGCUCGGCCGGCAGUCAACUUGGAAAUUCUCCUGAUUUUACUCCUUACCCGCAACACGCACACGCGCGCACACGCACACAUACACACACACGCACACACGCACACACACAUACACACACGCACACACGCACACACCUUCCACCUUCUGAUUGAGUCGGAAGUUUUCAAAGCCGCGAUCGGGGGAGAGUUCUGAAGACUGAUGGCAUUUUUGCCUUGUGCAUUUGUUGGGUUUGUUACAAAUUAACGCAACGUGACUGAGGCUCAGGCUGUCCCUAAAAAAUUACAACAUCACGGAGGAAGUAGAUGGAUAUUCACAAAAACUCGUAAUAAUGUGCCUCAUGAAGUCCAGCUCCAAAAGGGAUUGAGAUUUUUCUUUUUCAAGCGGGGGCUUGGAAACCGCCUGCGUCGCCACGCCAAGCGGGGAGCACCAGCAUCGAGGGUUCCGCGUGACCGAAGACACCCCCUCAUCCAAGAAUGCAAAGCACAUCCAAUAAAAGCGCUGGAUUAUAGCUGCCCUCCCGGGCUGGCGGGGCCGCGGGGCGGCAGCGGGGGCGAGCGGGGCCGGUCGGCGCGGGCGGCUGCGGGCCCGGGGCUGCUGAGGAUGGCGCAGGCGGGGGGCAGGACGGGCUACGACCACCGCGAGAUCGUGCUCAAGUACAUCCACUACAAGCUGGCGCAGCGCGGCUACGAGUGGGAGGCGGGGGACGCGGGCGCCGGCCCCGCGCCGGGCAUCUUCUCGUGGCCGCCCGCGCGCAGCGCCGCGCCGGCCCGGACCUCGCCGCCGCCGCCGCCCACGCCGCCGCCCACGCCGGGCGCCGCGGCCGCACGCAGCCCGGUGCCCCCCGUGGUCCACCUGACCCUGCGCCAGGCCGGCGACGACUUCUCCCGGCGCUACCGCCGCGACUUCGCCGAGAUGUCCAGCCAGCUGCACCUGACGCCCCUGAGCGCCAGGGGGCGCUUCGCCACGGUGGUGGAGGAGCUCUUCAGGGACGGGGUGAACUGGGGCAGGAUCGUGGCCUUCUUCGAGUUCGGUGGGGUCAUGUGCGUGGAGAGCGUCAACCGGGAAAUGUCGCCCCUGGUGGACAACAUCGCCCUCUGGAUGACCGAGUACCUGAACCGGCACCUGCACACCUGGAUCCAGGAUAACGGCGGCUGGGACGCCUUCGUGGAGCUGUACGGCCCGAGCAUGCGGCCUCUCUUUGAUUUCUCCUGGCUGUCUCUGAAGGCGCUGCUCAGCCUGGCCCUGGUGGGGGCCUGCAUCACGCUGGGGGCCUACCUGGGCCACAAGUGAGGGGGUCGCAGGCCGCCCCCCACGCCUAUGCAAAAGGUCCAGAAGGCAGCAGCCCCGCCGAGGCCGGCUCUGCCCCACGCCACGCCCGAAACAGAACCCGGAGCUGUGCGCUCUCACAGACAAAAGGAAACAAAGCAGAAGGCAGCCCCCGGGCCGCGCGCGUCCAAUCAGCUAUUUACUGCCAAAGGGAAAUGCCAUUUAUUUUUUACAUGAUGAAGAAGAAGAAGAAAAAAAAAAAAGAUUUAUUUAUUUAAGAGAGUCCCUCCCUCGGAACCUCCGGUCUCUGGAACCCGACCCUCAGUGCCGAGGCCACCCCCCUGCCUCGAGCCCCCCCCACUCCCCGCCCCCAUCACCUGUGCCUCUCCACGUGUCGGGUGCCUGACGAGUCAGACCCGCCAGCAUGUGACUUACGGAAGCCGUGUUUUGGGCCCCUGGGGGCUAGGAAGAGACACGGACGCUCGUGGCCACUCUGUGCUCCCGGGGGCUGGGAUGGUUUUUUUUUGUUUUUUUUUUUUUAGAGGGAGGGUGUUGGGGGCGGGUGGGGGAGAGGAGAACAGAGUGAGGGUGUCUGGCUCACGUGGUACAGACCCCAUGGGAAGAAAGAAUCCGGGACCUUCGGGUGAACUUGGGAGUGCGCCAGCAUCUCCGCCUCCGUGCAAGGCCGGCGCUGGGGGACACGCCCUUAAACCAGAGGAGAGUAUUUUUUUAAGCUACCAAUUGUGCCCAGAAGCAUUUUAACGACUUCUACGCUCUCAUCCAGUACCUUAAGCCCUGAUGUGGACAGCCCUCUAUUUUGGAUAUGCUCCCCCCCACCCCUUGCAGACACUGGCUCUGCCUGUGUGUGAAACAGAAUCCUCGAGAAUGCGAGGAAGUGACUGAACCCGCAGCAUCAGGCCGCCACAAGUGCCUGCUUCGCCCUGAGACGCCGCAGCCCCACGCCUGCCUGGCCAGGCCUCCCCGGCCCUGGCACGGAGCCCGCCCGGGCCCCGCCAGCCCCGGGGCUGUGAAACGGAGCGGCAGCGUGGGCCCGAGGGCCUGGAAGCCCCCUCAAACCCAGAAGGCUGAGGUCGGUCGAGCUGCAGCAAGCAAGGCAAGACGGGACCUGUCACCGCAGGGGGCCAGGGGUGCACCCGUGGUGGGGGGGGCACCCCGGCCUGUUUCCACGUGCACCCCAGAUCGGAUCUUCGAGCCCAGGCUCCAAGACUUGUCCCAGUGGGGAGAGAGAGAGAGAGAGAGAAAGAGAGAGAGAGAGAGAGAGGAGGUGCCCGCCUGUCUGUGUAGGGGGGCUCGGCCAGGCUGGGCAGACCCCCGCCCGCCCCCAGCCUCCCGGGGGACUUGCAGGAGGAGCCAAGCGGUCCCAGCUCCCGGCCGCUGCGCAGCCGCAGUUGGCAGAAACGGUGACUGGAGCGGGUCAUAAAUCCUAAAGGAGGUGUUGAAAGAGGCGUCAUGUAUUCAUUGACCCGUGUCUAUGGAAUUACGAUGUAAAACAUUAUCUUGUCAUUGUGGUUUGGUUUUAUUUGAAAACAUGCAGAGGGUGGGGGUGGGGUGGGGAAAAUGUUCCAGGUGUGGAAGGUACAUCCUGGGGCAUUAAAAAAAAGAAAAAAAGGAAAAAAGGAAAAAAAAAAGUGGUGGAAAACUUUAGAGAAGUAGCAAAAGCUAAUAAACUAGAAAAUACUUUUUCAAGUUUAGAAUCAGCCUUGAGACAUAUGUGGAAUAACUGUGGCAUUAUUGCAUUAUAUACCGUUUAUCUGUAUUAACUUUGGAAUGUACUAUGUUCAAUGUUUAAUGCUGUGGUUGAUAUUUCGAAAGCUGCUUUUAAAAAAAAAUACAUGCAUCUCAGCAAAUUUUUUUUUUGUAUUUAGUUAUGGCCUCUAUUUGUUAGCCAAAAAGGGAAAAAAAAAAGAAAAAGAAAAAUCCAUUUUCCAUUUGAGGUUUCUGUCUCUUAAGUCUUUAAAAGCAUUUCUGAGGUGAGAGAAGCCUCGGUCUCGGCCCUGAGGACCCCCGAGCUGGCUGUCCACUGAGGAGCUUUGCGUCCACCACAUGACGUACAUUUCACUGUCGACCGUUGUUUAUCGUGAGGCAGACGUGACCUGUGUCCCUCCGACCGUGUUCCUGGAAGGUUCUCGUGUCCCAGGGACAAGUCGGAAUUCUGCUCACAUUCUCCAGGCUUGCACACGCAUUUGGUCCCACCCACGAGACUCAUUCAUUUGAACAUCCAGUGACCACCUCACCCACAUCCUUUAGGAUUGCCAACCUGUGUGGUUACACCCGCGAGGUGCAUUCCUUUGCAAACCCAGCUGGGAAACGACCAGGGGAUUCAGUUCUGGCUCUGACGGUUUGGCCUUCAGAGAGUCUGGGUUUGGACGCAGACCCAUCCAGAGCUCUCCCGCCCGCGCUGUCGGGGGCUCGUGUUCAGGUACUUCCUGAAAUGCAGCUGCCUGCUUGCCCCCCCACCAAGCAGGAAACCGUGGGACGAAGCCAGACCCCCCGGGCGGGCCUCAGGGAACAGGACGACCAGACCUUUGUUUUUGAAUGAUCCCGAUUUUUACGCAAAAUAUUAUUUUAUGAAAGGUUUACAUUGUUUUAAAAAAAAAAGUGAUGAAUAUGGAAUGCAAAUCCUGUGCUGCUAUCCUGCCGAGGUCAUAUGUUAAUGGAGUCAGUUUGCAGUACGCUCCGAGUGGCGACAUCCUCCAAGCUGCUUUAGACGUAACAAAUGAAGAACAUGGACAUUUUUUUAAUAUAAAGCCUGUUUGUCUUUGUUGUUGUUUGUUGUUUGUUGUUGUUGUUCAAACUGGGAUUCUCGGAGUAUUCUAAAGAUGUAUAUAGAGGAAAGGUCUCGGGGUGGGGGCUGAGUGUCUCCCUGGUUCCUCGGGCUGUGGGGCCGUUGUGGGGUUUUGGUCCUGGGUUUUAACAGUCACUAUGUCCUGCCACCUGGCCACAGAGCUCCAUAGCACGUGGCUGCACUGGCUCUUAAGAGUAGUCAGUGUUGCUUUUUUUCCCCCCUUCUUGUUUAAAAAAAAGAAAAGUUAGAAGCAAUGAAUGUAUAUAAAAGCCUCAACUAGUCCUUUUUUUUCUCCUUAAAAAAAAAUCGCCUCAAUUACUUUGUGGUCAAAACUUAGAAUGACUCUGGCUUAUUUUAUGUUGGAAAGGGGGUCCACACCUGAGUCCCCCCCCUCAGCGGCUUGCAGAUGUUGGCCAAGGUCAGGGUUAAAUGGAACUCCUGCACUUUGCAAAUUGGGGUUCAGGGUUCCAGAAGGAGCCUCAAGGAGAAACGCACCCCAGGCCCUCCUGGAAUCCCCCAGGUUUCCAGGACAGAAAUGCUGAGAGAGAGAGUGAGCGAGCGAGAGAGAGAGAGAGAGAAGGAGAGAGAGAGAGAGAGAGAGAGAAAGAGUCAGAAUGACAAAUAGCUUGUGUGUCUUACGGCAGUCCACUGUCGGAGAAGGUCUUGGGGACAUGCUUGUUGGGCUCCUAGCUGGUUUACAGUCACUUUCCAAUGAAGGAAGUCCCUUGCUGUGGUUCCAGACAAAAGCAAAACAAAAACAUUCGACCACCUCGGCCCCCGCCUGCUUAUCUCUGCAUAUUCACGCACAGCCUUCUGCCGAGAGAGGACUUUUAUUUCAUUCGCCAAUGUCUGUUGCUUGAUAUCUCAAGACUUAGUCCUGUUUUGGUGUGGGAAAUUGGGAAGUGACUGUAGAUCAAGGGGUUCUGGUCAUCCGGGUUGAGCCAUCGUGAGCAGGGCCGUCCCGAUACUCACCCGGCUGUCUGCUGAGGGUCUGCUGAACAAAAUUGCAAGUAGUCCAUAUUGCAAUUAAGCCUAGGCGAAAAUGACUAACUUAUAAACGUGAACUUCAAGUCUAGUUUCGACCGCACUCGGAAGUCAGUGGCUGUUUUAUACUUCCUUAUCACAUAUAUUUAGUAAUGUAUACCUGCUCUAUCAGAAGAAAACACAGGAAGGCCUGGAAACCUAAGCCAUACUAAGGAAAUUAGGGAGUCGGCUGAAAUUCUAUUCUAGUCUUAUACCGGGGUGUCUUUUGCAGCCCAGACAAAUGUGGUUACACACUUCUCUAGAAAUACAAGUCUACAUUGUCAGGCACAGGAGGGUUCCAAUCAGAUCCUUAUUGUUAAUCCAUUUGGAUCUUUCAGGGAUUUUUUUUUUUUAAUUAUGAUGGGACAAAGGACAUUUGUGGCAAGGGUGGAGGGAGAAGAAUUUUUUCAAAUGAGCAAAACAUUCCCAAGAUUGAAUCAAGAUGUGGAGAAGAGCCAGGACUGGGCUGUGGAAACAGAGGCAGGCAGGACCGAGGCCGGGGCCGGGCCGAGGACUCCACGGGAGGCACCGAGCUGUGGUGGAGAACCAGUCUCAAGCUCCAGGAAGCGAGGUGUGCUAGAGACGUCAGCCGCGCUCACGAGCCCGGUGUGGCGUGCCAGGCGGAUGGGUGAGACGCUGAAACGUGGACCAGCCAGGCUGCAGCCGUGCAUGAGUGUAACGGCCAGUCCAGCGACCCAGCUCAGAGCCCACAGGAUGUUUCACGACCUUCGUCUCAUCGGUAGGAACCUCUUCUUCUAAAUAUUUAUGACGGGCAAGCCAGGACUGGGAUGGGAUGGCGGGGGUGGGGAGUGGGGGGGUAAAAUGGUGUGGAGCUGACUUGGAUGAGUGAUCCACCCUCCAAGUCCUGUCUUUACCCAAAGAUUCUGUUCCAUGUCUGCGCUCCUCGGACUGAACUUGGACAGCCGUGAUAUAUGCAUCCCACUGGGCGCAAAGAAAACCAGACGGAGGGGGCGUGGCUCUGCACCAAUUCAUCGGGACGACCCCAGGAAAAAUCACUUUAAGCCCACAUCCUAUUGAUGACAAGGUUGUUUUGUGUGCCAAGGUAAACCUAGCAGACAGAAACCCAGUAGACUAUGGAAAGGCUUCAGCGAGCACCAGUAGUGUUUCUUAAGAGGACUGUGGUAUAGACCCUUUGUGAUGCUGGCUCCCUAAGUCUCUGGGGAACUCUGCGUGGGCCUUCCAGCUAGCUCAUUUCAUUAAGUGUCCCCUCCCCCAUAGCCUUGGAAGGAGUGACAGCCCGUCAGAUCUCUUUGGGGUCAGCACUGGUAGCUGUGUUUAUUAUGCUGUCUUCGUGAGUUUUCAACCAAGUUUUGCUUUUGUGUUAACUGGGAUGAUUUCUGUUUUAAAUAAAGUAAGUGUAUCAAAAGUG